AUGGUGUUUACUCAGUUUCAUGCUCAAGUCAAAGUAUUUCGAACUGAUAACGGAGGCGAAUAUGUAAAUAGCACUUUGGCAUCUUUCUUCUGUGCUCAAGGUUUUAUUCACCAAACGACAACCCCAUUUACUCCUCAGCAGAAUGGUGUGUUCGAAUGCAAGAAUCGUCAGUUACUUGAAGUUGCCCGCUCCCUUAUGUUGGACAUGUCUGUUCCCCAUCAUCUUUGGGGGAAUGCUGUUUUAUCUGCUGCAUAUUUGAUUAAUCAUACUCCUAGUCGAGUUCUUGAUUUCAAGACUCCACAUGAUGUGUUUGGUGACCAUGUUUCCCUUGUCUUAAUCUCCAAGUUGCCCCAUAAAGUUUUUGGGGGUAGAGGGGGGAGUGAAUUGGAGAAUAAUGUGUUUGAAGAUGCUGCUCUCGGGAAGGAAACGACAUGUCGCACUGAAGCAAGUGACCAGUCACCCAUAUCUGAAGAUGAAACUUGUGGUCCCUGUGAAGAAAUGACUGAUUGCCCUUUGGAACUCGAUCAGUCGCCCAUAUAUGAAGAUGAAGCAGGUGCUCUCGGUGUCGAAACGACCGGUCACACUGAAGCAAGUGACCAGUCGCUUGUAUAUGAAAAUAAUGACAAUGAUUCUUGUAUGGAUGAGUUCGAUGCAAUACCCCCUUCUGUCCUGCCAGUGCCCCAAUUUAUUCGUGAUAGUGAAUCAUGUGAGGAUGAUUUAUCUAACCCCAAAUGGAUGGAUGCCAUGAAUGUUGAAAUGGAUGCCUUGAACAAGAAUAAAACAUGGGAUUUAGUUCCUUUACCACAAGGGAAGAAAGUUGUUAGAUGCAGAUGGGUGUUUAUUUUGAAGCAUAAAGCUGAUGGUUACAUUGACCGUUACAAGGCUAGAUUGGAGAAGAUUUACAUGGAUCUCCCUCCUGGUAUUCCUGUAACCUCUAAGGAGGGUGUUGUGUGUAAGUUGCAAAAGUCUUUAUAUGGGUUGAAGCAGUCUCCAGGAGCGGGGUUUGGGAGAUUUGCAGCAUCUAUGAAGAAAUUUGGGUAUGUGCAGAGUAACCCAGACCAUACUUUGUUUCUAAAGCGUCAUAAAGGUAAAUUGAUAGCUUUAAUUAUUUAUGUUGAUGAUAUGAUUGUGACUGGAGAUGAUCAGGCAGAAAUGCAAAAUCUUCAGAAGUAUCUGGCUUCCGAGUUUGAGAUGAAGUCAUUGGGUGAUUUGAAGUACUUUCUUGAGAUUGAAGUUGCUAGAUAUAAACAUGUGAGUGUAGUGAGUCAGUUUAUGCAUUCUCCUAGUGAAGAUCAUAUGAGUGUUGUGAUGUGCAUAUUGAGGUAUUUGAAAGUAACUCCUGGAAAAGGGUUAAUGUUUUGCAAGUAUGGUCAUACAGAUGUAGAAGGGUAUACAGAUGCUGAUAGGGCUGGUUCAGUUAUUGAUAGACGUUCUACGUCUGGGUAUUUCACAUUUGUUGGUGGUAAUCUUGUUACUUGGAGGAGUAAAAAGCAAAAAGUGGUGUCUAGGUUUAGUGCCAAGGCCGAGUACCGUGGGAUGGCUCAAGGUGUGUGCGAGUUACUAUGGUUGAGAAGAUUGUUGAGAGAUCUUGGGUUUGGACCCCAGAAACCCAUGGAUUUGUAUUGUGAUAAUAAAGCUGCAAUUGCAAUUGCGCAUAACCCUGUACAAUACGAUCGUACAAAGCACGUGGAGGUUGAUCGACAUUUUGUUAAAGAGAAAUUAGAUGCUGAAAUUAUUUAUUUUCCGUUUAUAUCAUUCGAGUAUCAACUGGCAGAUGUUCUUACGAAAGCUGUCUCUACUAUGGUCUUUCUCAACUUGCUUGACAAGUUGGGCAUGUGUGACAUCUUUGCUCCAACUUGA